AUGUUGAGUUGGGAGGCCAAAACACAGAUUCAGCAACUCUGGGAUUUGAUAUCGUUAGGGGAUGAUGUUUGCACAGCCGCGACCAAGGCUAAGUCGUUCAAGAAGGAAGUCUCCAAUUUGGUAUCGUUAGUUUGUCGACUAUCGCAAAUGCUGAAAACCCUGCUUUGUUUCGUUACUUCACCUCAUACUUCCCUUUACUUGCGCCCACUUCAUUGCAUAGUCAAAGAGGUUAAGGUUGGCUUUGAGCACGCCCUCUCCAUUGUCCACAAAUGCAAGCGCGGAAACCUGUUGUGGAAACUCUUCACUACCUGCAGCUAUGCAACCCAAUUUGUGGAGCUCUUCAACUGUUUAAAUGCUUCUACCAGCGAUAUGAAAUGGCUGCUUUCCAUCUACAUGCCCCAAAGUUGCUCGACGCCGACGUACGAGAAACCAGUUAAGGUUAAGGUGUGGUCUUGCAUCGCCGCAGUCAAAAUGGGGCGUGCAUUGGAAGAUCGCGUCCGGGCGGUGAAACAACUGGCAUCACUUGCUGAGCAAAACGAUGAGUAUAAGAACAUUAUUUAUGAAGAAGACGGGGUACCGUCUUUACAAAAGCUUUUAAAAGAGAAGAUAUCUUUGGAUGCUCAAAUCAUGGCUGUCAAAACACUUUGCCUUUUAGCUAACGAGGAGGAAAGGAAAAGGGUUAUUAUGAAGGAAAUGGUUUCUACAAUCUUAAGUCGUUUAUCAAGAACAUCAGCGAUGCCUGAUCAAAUUCAAGCAGCCAAUUUGGUUACCGGCAUUGCAGAGCAUAACCCAAAAUUGAAGGAAUACGCUUUAAUCAGAGAGAAUGUGAUAUGGCAGCUGAUUACAUUGUUGUCACCUGCAGAUGAUACUAAACGGAAUCCGAAAUUGAAACUUAGUUGUUCCAGGGCUUUAUGGAUGCUUGUUCAAGGGAGCAUUUCAAAUUGUGAGACAUUGACGGAGACAAAAGGAAUGCUAUGCUUGGCUAAGUUGUUGAAAACGGAAAAAGAUGAAUUACAAUACAAUUGCUUAAUGAUUAUUAGAGAAAUUACAGCCAUCGCUGAAUCAAAUAAUGAAUUUAGACAUUCCACCUUUAAGAGUUCUUCUCCGGCUGCAAAGGCAGUUGUCGAUGAGCUAUUGAGAGUAAUCAAAGAAUUCGACAACAUGAAACUGAGAAUUCCGGCAAUCAAGUCAGUCGGUUCAUUGGCAAGGUCUUUUUCAGCGAAAGAGUGCCAAGUAAUUAGUCCACUGGUGGCUCGACUAGGCGAUAUGGACCGGGAAGUUGCAAUGGAAGCUUCUAUUGCUUUGCAAAAGUUUAUCUGCCCAAAUAAUUACCUCUCUUGCGUGCAUUCGAAGUGGAUAAUCGAAUCGAACGGCGUACCAUUGUUAAUCAAGCUAUUACUUGACGACGGUGAUGAAAAGUUACAGUGCCAUAGAUUAACUCUCAUCUGCUAUCUUGCAAACCACGACAGCAAUAGCAAUGUAUUGCUAAAAGAAGGAGCACUGACAGCUCUUCAAACAACAGCUCCGACAGUCAUGGCCCAACACCCUGAGUUAAAACAAUUGGUGUCCCAGGCCAUAUGCAAACUACAAUCCAACAAAGCAGCCAAGCACCAAGAAUUAGAAAACUCACGAGGCAUUAAACGGUUUAUUACAGAACAGGGUAAAGCAGUUGUCGAUUUGGUACGAGGUUUGAAGUUAAAGUUAGAGACCGCAUGUGUUGGAGGGAGAGUAAAUAUCCAACUCCAGGGUUAUUGGAAAUCAUAUAAAAAGAAAAUUUCAGGCGCAAUACGUUCAUUGAGGAUGAGGAGACGGUGGAGGCUUGUGAAAGCUAAAAGCGUGGAACUGGCAUUAACUCUAAGAUCAGUGAUUGAGUAUUCAGGGAAAAGGGUAAUAAUGAAGGAGACGGCAUCAAAGCUUAGGGUGGUGAAGAGAAUUGUUAAAUCAAUGGAGAAAAAAGAGAUUAGAAGAAAAUUUGGUUUCAUCAUACAUAAGAUUUUUUAUAUCUGUAAUAUCUAUAUGUUAGUAACAUAA